CAGAAACUGAAAGCCCAUCUCUCUCUCUCUCUCUCUCUCUCUCUCUCUCUUCCUUAUUAUAUGCCGCAUCUGCUGCUUCUACUUACUCUCACCACCCUGUCUCGCUGUGAAUCGAGCCAUGGAAGAGACUGAGGAGUCGAAGGCCAACAAGAAAUGCAGCACCAAGACAAGAACUUUCAGGAGCCCCAUCAAGAACCAUCAUCGCCAGCAUCAACCUCAGCUGUUGCAACACUCCAACAACAAUCAGCUAGGGCUCGGAGGACUGUGUAGCCAGACCCAGUGCUACCAGGCCUAUUAUCCUGCUCUGCUUCCUCUGCCUCCUCCUCCAACACUUCCCCGACUCGCUUCACCUCCAUCGCUCUCUCACGGUCGGACUCGCAACCAGUGCUUGAGUUCGAAGGCCCUGGUGAAGAAGUCCUCUCACAAGCUCAAUAGCCCUCCUCCUCUCGCCACAUCCUCCGAGACCCAGGUCCCAAAUGCCACAGUCACUCCAGCUCCACGGAGGGUUCAGAGGCAAACCAGUGUGAAGGAAGAAAAUGGAAGAAGGCUGUUUGGUGUCGUACCACCAGAAGCAAUGGCCGUUGCCAGGAGACCAGAUUCUGGCGGCGUGGAGGGCCCGGUUAUCCCGCUUCUUGCCAACCAUUUUCUAGUCCAAUUCGACCCGGCCCAGAGAAUUUACCAUUACAAUGUUGAAAUCACCCCGAGCGCCCCCAGGGAAGUUGCCCGGGCAAUCAAGCGACAGCUAGUGAAAGACAACUCGGCGAUAUUUUCCGGGGCUCUUCCCGCGUUUGACGGCCGGAAGAAUCUCUUCAGCCCGGUGGAGUUUCAGAACGACAGGCUCGACUUCUUCAUUAGCCUGCCGAUCCCCACGAGCAAGUUGAUGCUGCCAUCUAGUAAUUCGGAGGUCAAGCAUCACAAGCACAAGCUGUUCCGGAUAAACAUGAAGCUCGUGUCGAAGCUCGAAGGGAAGGGACUGGGCAGCUACUUGAGCAAGGAGGAAGAUGAUUGGGUUCCGCUUCCUCAGGACUACCUCCAUGCCCUGGACGUCGUGCUGCGGGAGAGCCCCGCGGAGAAGUGCAUACCCGUGGGCCGUUCGAUGUACUCGAGCUCCACGGGUGGGAGCAAAGGAAUCGGGGGAGGAGCUGUUGGAGUUAGGGGUUUCUUCCAGAGCCUACGGCCGACGCAGCAAGGUCUUUCGCUCAACGUCGAUUUCUCGGUGACGGCAUUCCAUGAAAGCAUCGGAGUGAUCCCCUAUUUGGAGAGGCGACUCGAGUUCCUUAGAGACCUUUCGCAGAGGAAGACCAGGAGCCUGAAUGUCGAAGAAAGGACGGAAGUCGAGAAGGCUUUGAAGAACAUCCGAAUCUUCGUUUGCCAUAGAGAAACUGUCCAGCGAUACCGGGUCUAUGGCUUGACCGAGGCGCCGACCGAAAAUCUCUGGUUUGUGGACCGGGAUGGCCAAAAUCUAAAGCUGGUGAGUUACUUCAAGAACCACUAUAACUAUGACAUAGAGUUCAGGUACUUGCCGUGCUUACAGACGAGUAGAAGCAAACCAUGUUAUCUUCCAAUGGAGCUAUGCGUGAUUUGUGAGGGCCAGAAAUUUCUCGGGAAACUUUCUGACGAUCAGACCGCGAGAAUACUCAAAAUGGGUUGCCAAAGGCCAAAAGAGCGAAAAGCGAUCAUCGAUGGAGUGAUGCGAGGACCGGUUGGACCAACGAGCGGCAACCAGGAAAGAGAGUUCAAUCUCCAGAUUUCAAGAGAGAUGACGCGAGUAAACGGUCGAAUCUUGCAACCUCCAAAACUAAAACUAGGUGAGCAUGGCCAUAUAAGGAAUCUAGUUCCGUCUCGCCCAGACCGGCAGUGGAACCUCGUGGAUAGCCAUGUUUAUGAAGGAAUUCGGAUAGAAAAAUGGGGCCUCAUAAGCUUCGGAGGAACCCCGGAUCAGAAGUCGAGCAUUUCGAAAUUCAUCGCGCAGCUCUCCCAAAGAUGCGAACAGCUAGGCAUAUAUCUCAGCAAGAAUCCGGUUAUUACCCCUCAAUUCGAACCGAAUCACGUGCUCAACAAUGUUGUUCUUUUGGAGUCUAAGCUCAAGAAGAUCCACAAAGCUGCAGAUAACAACCUCCGACUACUCCUGUGCGUAAUGGAGAAGAAACACAGAGGAUAUGCAGAUCUAAAGCGAAUUGCCGAGACAACCAUCGGAGUUGUAAGCCAGUGUUGCUUGUACUCCAACCUCGGAAAGUUGAAUUCCCAGUUUCUCGCAAACUUGGCACUCAAGAUAAAUGCCAAAGUAGGAGGAUGCACGGUCGCUCUUUACAAUUCAUUACCCUCCCAAAUCCCGCGGCUUCUCCAUCAAAAUGAGCCGGUGAUAUUUAUGGGUGCCGACGUGACUCAUCCGCACCCGCUUGAUGACUUCAGCCCGUCUGUUGCCGCUGUCGUUGGCAGCAUGAACUGGCCAGCUGCCAACAAGUAUGCAUCGAGAAUGAGGUCUCAAACCCAUAGACAAGAAAUAAUCCAGGAUCUCGGGGACAUGGUGGGGGAAUUACUAGAUGAUUUCCAACUCGAAGUCAAGGAGCUGCCCAGUCGAAUAAUCUUCUUUAGAGACGGUGUGAGCGAGACUCAGUUCCACAAAGUCCUUAAAGAGGAGUUGCUCGCCAUUAAGAAAGGCUGUGCGCGAUUCCCUGGCUAUAGGCCAACCGUAACAUUCGUAGUCGUUCAGAAGAGGCACCACACGAGGCUAUUUCCCGAUGAUGCCGAUUUUUCCUCUACCAGAAACCAGGUCUUUGACGAGAACAUCCCACCUGGGACAGUGGUGGACACUGUAAUAACUCAUCCGAGGGAGUUUGAUUUCUACUUGUGUAGCCACUCGGGAGUAAAAGGAACUAGCCGGCCGGCUCACUACCACGUACUGGUGGACGAGAACGAGUUCACGUCCGACGAGCUCCAGAAGCUGGUCUAUAAUCUGUGCUACACGUUCGUGAGGUGCACUAAGCCGGUGUCGUUGGUGCCCCCAGCUUACUACGCCCAUUUGGCUGCCUACAGAGGCAGGCUAUACCUCGAGCGAUCAGAGACGUUGGGCCACAUGAGAAACGGGUCUCAACUGUCCCGAGCCGCCCCUCCGAAAGCCACGCCUCUACCGAAACUCAGCGAAAAUGUGAAGAAACUUAUGUUCUACUGCUGAUCAUUGAUUUCCUCCCUCCUAGGACAGUUAUUUCCGGGGCUCCCGAAUAAUCAGUUAGUUGUCCGGAUUAACGGAGAGAUGUCCAAAUGUAGCACCAGCUUAUCACCCUAGAUCAUAGCUUCUUCUUUUUUAUUUCAAGUGGGCUAAUCAAGUCAUUUCAAGGUUAAUGUCGGGGUAGCUCAGAUCAAUGCAACAUGUAGAAAGUCCUUAAUCCAAGAAAAUCAAGUUGCUGCUCA